UGUGGCUGGCACGAGAUGGACGAGCGGCCGGCGCGCUCAUGGACAGGGCGCAAAGUCUGCAAGGAGACUAAAUUGAGACUGCGCGUGCUUUUCCUGGAUGACAGCGAACGCACCUUCGAGGUGGAGGCAAACAUUUUGGGCUGCCACUUCUUCAACAAAGUGUGUGCUCACCUGACGCUGUUGGAGAAGGAAUACUUCGGACUGGAGUACCGUCACCAGGGCGGCAACUACGUUUGGCUGGAGCUGCUCAAGCCGCUCGCAAAGCAGAUUAAAGACACCCCCGAUCUGCUCUUCAGGUUCAUGGUUAAGUUCUUCACUCCGGACCCCAGCCAACUACAAAGGGGCCUCACUCGGUACCUUUUCGCCCUGCAGGUCAAGCAGGACCUGACCAACGGCAGUCUGACCUGCAAUGACAACAGCGCCGCCCUGCUGGUCUCCCACAUACUGCAGUCAGAACUCGGGGACUACGAUGAGGAGCUGGACUGUCAGCACCUACAGAUGAAGCGCUACGUCCCCAACCAGGAGUACCUGGACCACAAGAUCCUCGGCUUCCACAAGAAACUCAGAGGCUUGUCCCCGGCCGAGUCGGACGUCCACCUGCUGGAGUUGGCCAGGAAGCUGGACAUGUACGGCAUCCGGCCGCAGUCGGCCAGCGACGGCGAGGGCGCGCGCAUCAAUCUGGCCGUCACGCACUCGGGCGUGCUGGUCUUUCAGGGAAACGCCAAGAUCAACGCUUUCAGCUGGGCCAAGAUUCGCAAACUGAGCUUCAAGCGCAAACAUUUCCUCAUCAAGCUGCAUGCCACUCUUGGGCCGUCCCGCAAGGACACGCUGGAGUUCUGCAUGGCCACUCGGGACGUGUGCAAGGCCUUCUGGAAAAGGUGCGUGGAAUACCACGCCUUCUUCCGGCUGACCGAGGAGCCCGGGGAGGCACGCAGGAGCGCGCUGCUGUCCACCAAAGGCUCUGGCUUCCGAUACAGCGGGCGCACACAGAAGCAGCUGCUUGAAUGUUUGGGAUCCGGCCAGAAGAAGCCUCAGCGAUCGGCCAGCACUCGCCGCCGGGCAGAAUCCGACUCCCGCCAGUGCCGAUCUUCCCCCGAUCUCCUGGCCGCCUCUCAACAGCAGUACGAGGACGCCUUUGCCCGGCCCACUCGCUCCUCAGAGGUCAACCGGCCCUACGCCGCCGCCCCCCCGAGGUGUCGGAGCCUGGCCCGGGUCACGCCCCUCUGGCCGCAGCAGGCGGACGAGCGAGCGCGAAUAUCGGGCGCCGUCGGGCGCCGCCGGCCCGUCCCGCAGGUGGCGCAGCAGCUGGUUCUACUCUACCCCCACACUCCCGCCUACCAGUACCACCCGGUGCUCCCCACGUUCCCCCAGCCGUAUUUCUCCUCCGACUGCGCCGUCUCGCUGGAGUGCUUGCCGCAGCCGAGGAGGCGGGACGGACGACGGCGGCCGUCUUUGUACCCGCCGGUCGGCACGGAGGCGGGACAUUACAGCGACGACUGCAACUUCCUCCCGGGGCUGCCUCGCCGACGGCAAGCGGACGGCGAGUUUCGCCUGCCAUCGUGCCAAUUGCGUCCCCUGGGCUACUAUCCCCACUUGACGCGACCAAGCAGGCCCACGUACCUGCCGCUCAACGCCGCCGCCUCCCCUCUGCCUCGAGGCCCCGCGCGCAGCCGCAGUGAUUCCGAGCCCCGAGUUGGGCGGCCGUGCUACGGAAGGCCCGGCGGCGGCGGCGGCGGCGCCCGGAUGAGCUUCUCUUCCGGCAGCCUCCAGCUGGACGAGGAGGACGAGACAAAAGAGGAGAGGAAAGGCGCCACCGAGGUCACGCUCUAGCCCAGACUCGUGUGGAAUAAACCGAGACAAACAA